UAAAACGGCGCAUGCGUUCAAUACUGGCCAAGCAAACCAGAGCCGCAAACGCUAGCCAUAGGUGAAAAUCUGUUUUGAAAUAGAAAAAUUCGCCAAUUGGUCUCAUCAGAAAGAUUCAAUUUAGUUUUACAUAGUAAAAUAUAACUGAAACAAGGCGAGCGACAAAGAUCGGAUAUUUUGUCUGUCCCUGGUGGAAGAGUGAGAGAGAAAGGUUCGUCGGAUGGGUUUUGCAGAAAAUGCUGUCAAACAUGCAGUGAUCUUCUGAUCUGCAACUUCUGGUCACUUCUUAACAUAAUUCUCCAGCAUACUCAUGGUAAAUUCAUCAGCAGAAAGAAGAUAUAUGCCAUCAUUAACACAUAUGGUUAAGUGGUGAAAUUUAAAGGGACAUCGGCGCUUCUGCCUGAAGGCUAAGCUGGCGAUGUCACGGGUCCCCACCCCCCCUCCGCCAGGGGAGAUGUCCAGCGGACCUGUGGCUGAGAGCUGGUGCUACACACAGGUUAAAGUAGUGAAGUUCUCCUACAUGUGGACCAUAAAUAACUUUAGUUUUUGCCGGGAGGAGAUGGGGGAGGUGUUGAAGAGUUCCACCUUCUCAUCCGGACCCAAUGACAAGAUGAAAUGGUGCCUCCGUGUUAACCCAAAGGGACUGGAUGACGAAAGCAAAGAUUACCUUUCAUUGUAUUUACUUCUGGUUAGUUGUCCAAAAAGUGAAGUCAGAGCAAAGUUCAAGUUUUCCUUGCUCAACGCAAAAAGAGAAGAAACUAAAGCUAUGGAAAGCCAGAGAGCAUAUCGAUUUGUCCAAGGGAAGGACUGGGGCUUCAAAAAAUUUAUUCGAAGAGAUUUUUUGCUUGACGAGGCAAAUGGACUUCUACCAGAGGACAAGCUCACGCUGUUCUGUGAGGUGAGCGUGGUCCAAGAUUCUGUGAACAUCUCCGGCCAGUCCAACAUGAACAUGCUGAAGGUUCCGGAAUGCCAGCUGUCUGACGACCUGGGGAACCUGUGGGAGUGCUCCAGGUUCACAGACUGCAGCCUCUACGUACGGGGGCAGGAGUUCAAAGCCCACAAAUCCAUAUUAGCAGCCAGAUCUCCAGUUUUUAAUGCCAUGUUUGAACAUGAAAUGGAAGAAAGUAAGAAGAACCGUGUAGACAUAAGUGACGUUGACCCUGAGGUUUUUAAAGAGAUGAUGGGCUUCAUUUACACGGGGAAGGCACCAAACCUGGAGAAAAUGGCUGACAACUUACUGGCAGCUGCAGACAAAUAUGCUUUGGAGCGUUUAAAGGUCAUGUGUGAAGAAGCCCUGUGCAGCAACCUCUCAGUGGAGAAUGUUGCCGACAUACUCAUCCUCGCAGACCUGCACAGUGCCGAGCAGCUCAAAGCACAAGCCAUAGAUUUUAUCAACAGGUGCAGCGUACUGAGGCAACUGGGCUGCAAAGAUGGGAAGAACUGGAACAGCAACCAUGCGACAGACAUUAUGGAGACCGCGGGCUGGAAGUCCAUGAUCCAGUCCCACCCCCACUUGGUGGCGGAGGCCUUCCGCGCGCUGGCGUCCGCACAGUGCCCGCCCUUCGGCCUGGCCAGAAAGCGCCUAAAACAGUCCUGACUGCCCGGCGCUUUUUAAAAGACUUUCACAGGAAAACCCAGGUGUUUCGGAGAGCGCGGUGGUACCCCGCCCACACCAGCCAGUGGGGAGCGACGUCGUAAGAAUGCGGGGGAUGGGUAACACGCAACGCUCUCCUCCUCCACUGACCCCCAAGAGUUUUUUGUUUUUUUGUUCUUUGGUUUUCAAGCUUUAUUUGCGAUGUUUUCCGUCAUUUCAAAUGGCCUUAAAACUAUCCGCCAUGGCUUCAGAGUUUAUAUUGUUACUCCUGUAUUUAACUGUGUGCCUGCUUUUGUAAGAGGCCAGGCCUUCUCCAGAUUGCACUAGUUCCCAUAAAAUGCAGUAGUUUUACAAUGGAGCUCUGAGAGGAAUGUGUCAUUAAGGGUUUACUGGGAAAACAUUGCUUAUCCUUAGUGUUUAGCCUCUUUUGUGACUAGACAUUGGGAAAAAGUGUGAACAUUUUGUGAGCAGGGCCAAGUCACUCACACUUUUUAAAAGACCUAUUUAAUAUGCCCCAUAUUGAUGGCACCAUUUUCAUAUUUAAAAAAACUCGCAUUCGCCGUCUCCGAAAAGACAGGUUUCAAAGUUAGUCGGCCCUGUUUGAUGAAAUGCUUUUCAAACCGUUAUGUACAUUAUGAGAAACUGUGUAAGUCUGGACGCAACACAAAAGGAAGAGAAUAGAGCGUGUCUGUUUUCUGCACCUCCUGUAAUACUGGGUAAAUAUGAAGAUUUGUUUACCAUAGUCUUGUUUACACAUUUUUGUCACACACUCAUUCACUUUAUUUUGAACUUGUAUAGAUUUGAGUAAUUUUGAAAUGAUUUCUCCCUGUUCUGCUUAAUGGCAAAGAACUAUGUUCUAUGGUUAACGAAAGGAAAUGUAUAUUAUUUUUGUUUUGAAAUGAAAAAGAAUAGGGCGGAACACAAUGCAUGGUUUUGUGGGGAAAAAAAAGUUCAGGUGCAUUUCUGAUCAUAUUUUUUGUGUCUCUUCAAUGAUACACGUGUAUAAAUGCAGGAAGUCAAUUAAGAAAUGGGGUAUAACUUGAGUCCAUGUAUAGAUAAUAUCCACAGACAGGAGUAAAACAUGUGCAAGGUGCUGAGCAUCUUUGUUAUAUGAUGUAUGUAAAACAGAAUGGAGUUUUAGCUGCAAAGAUGUAAUUUAAUAGUGGUCCAAAUUGCUGUCAUUUGAGCUGCUGUGGUAUCACUGUAGCCUUAAUCUACACAUUUGGUCAUAUUACAUUGCAUUUUUGUAUUUUUCUUAAGUGUCAACAUUUGUUACAUGGAUUUCUUUUUCUUCUGUGGUUCUGUUUUUUUUUUUGACUCCUAAAAUUAUUUAUGCCACAGAUACAUGAACUUGUUACAUAGUGGAUACUCCAGUGAUUGGCACCAUUUUGUUUACACGUUAAGUUUUUCCUUAUCUGGACUAUUUAAAAUGUGCUCAGUGAACACCUCUUUGUUUAUUUGCUUACUGUCAUUGUCAUGUCAUUCAUUUGUAUUUGACAUGUUUCUUUUCCCCAGUGAAGUAACAGUGUUGGCCAAAUCUGUACCAAAGCUAAAAAUCCUUCCUACAAAAGAGAUGCUGCUGCAGCUUGGCAUGUUGGCUUGUCAUCAUUGGAUUAACAUGUCUUGCAUCAUCUGUGAACAUGCCCCUCCCACUUUCCUUUUGCACCUCAGUGAGCUAUGCGAAAGGGUGCACUUCAGCACAUUUUCUACUUUCUACCUGGGAAUGCAGUGACACUCUCUACCUGGGCAUUACUCUGUUAUCAGUUUGCGAGUGGCUCUGAUGCAUCGUUUGCUAAUGAGAUGCUCGUAUGGCCUUGUUCCAGUACUCCGGGUCCACACUCGAUUGACAAUCGAUGCCUUCUUUUGCAAACGUUCUAGAAAUCCUCCAGUUCCAGCCAGUUUUAUUGAAGCUGUGCUUCAGUAAUUUCAUCGAGUCCAGGGAGUGGUUGUGUUGAGCGAGAAAACUAGCUUUGCGCAUCAGUUUUCACUGAAGGCAAGGAAAGUUUGAAGUAAUUUUAUAAGAAGUCCGAAGCACAAAACAGCCAUGUAUGAUGUUUGCACAUUUCAAUACAUUGACAUUUGAACAUGGAGUUGAUCUCUUGUCAUGCAGCCAUCUGUGUCCCCCUGCAUACACACAUUAAUAUUUCAACUUCAAAAUGACCGUCAGCGCACAAGAGUAAAUGUACCAAAAAUGUCUGAGACACUGUGCUAUGAUGACAUAUAAAAUGUAGUCCAAUGGAUUUUGAUGCGUCUGUGAUACUGUACUGCUUUUCUAAGCUGUCUGUUAUCAUUUACAGUAAAUUACAGUUGAUUUGCUGUCAGGAAAUUUAUGUAUUGAUAUUUUGUAUGUCAUGUUAGCUGUAAAGACAAACCUUAAAAUGUAUUCCUUAUAAAAUGCAUAAAGUUUG